GCAGCGAUGUCGCUGCCCGCGCUGGCGCGGCGCGGCCCGGCACGGCGGUGCGCGGGGGUGAGUGACCCCGGCCGGCCAAGGAUGAUUACGAACACGCGGGGCUUCCUGUGGUCGGAUCUGGAGACGCGGGCGCUGCUGGAGAUCUGGGGCGAGGCGGACGUGCAGUCGGCGCUGGACGGCAACUUUCGGAACAGCCAUGUGUACCGGGACGUGGCGUGCCGCCUGGCCGAGCUGGGCUUCGAGCGCACCCCCGAGCAGUGCCGCAUCCGCAUCAAGGGCCUCAAGCGGCAGUACUACCAGGCCCGGGACGGGCUGAAGAAGAACGGGCACGCCCGCAAGAUAUGCAAGUACUACGACGAGAUGGACCGGAUCCUCAGCUGCCGGGGGGGGCCCGACGGCGCCCCCGAGCCGCUGGCCCCGCCGCCCGACGGCGCCCAGCCGCCCGCGGGGCCGCUCGCCGCGCCGGGCACGCCGCACAACAGCCGCGAGCCGGACGCCGAGCUGGACGAGGACGCCGGGCCGGAGUCCCCCCGGGACAACUUCACCGAGGAUUCCGGCGAGUGCUCUUCCUACGCCGACCACCCCAUCAAGGUGGAGUGCCCGCCCUUCGCCAUCCCCGUGCCGCCGGGUGACGGCUUUAAAGAAGUCAGUGCUCCAACCAUUACCCCACCUAUCAAUCAGCCCAAAAGAUCAAAAAAACGCCAUACCAAUAUGACAUUGGAUAAAAUGAUGGAAAAAUUCCUGCAGCAGAGCAUGGAUACAGAUGAGAAAUUUUACAGAUUCGAAGAGCAGAGGCUCAAAAUUGAGGACAAGCGUCGGGAAGCUGAGCAUGCUCGAGAACUCCAGAUGUUACAGAUGUUGGGACAGAUGUUGGCUGGAAUUUCUUCUACGGUAUCACAAAGGUCACAGUCUAUGCCAACAAGUCCACCUCGGAGAGCGAACCAUCGUUCAUAUGCGGAUAACUUUAAUUAUAAUGCUAUGACAGCAACACUUUCUCCACCGAUAGUUAUAGAGAGGUCUUUUUCACUGCACAGAACACACACUCUGAAGGAUAUGGAGAAUAUUUUUCAGCUGGUGCGCAAUGUUAUCCCUCCUCUAACAGGGAAAAAGCAUAAAGGUCAAGAUGGUCGUAUAGGCAUUGUUGGAGGAUGUCGAGAAUACACUGGAGCACCAUAUUUUGCUGCAAUUACAGCUCUCAAAGUGGGUGCAGAUUUAUCCCACGUGUUUUGUACCAAAGAUGCAGCAACAGUAAUCAAAUCAUAUAGUCCAGAGCUGAUUGUUCAUCCAGUUCUUGAUAGUCCCAAUGCUAUCCAUGAGGUGGAAAAGUGGUUACCACGACUGCACUCGGUUGUCAUAGGACCUGGCUUAGGUAGAGAUGAAGUUCUGCUUGAGAACGCUAAGGGUAUUAUAGAGAAAUCAAAAGUGAAAGGAAUUCCUAUCAUUAUUGAUGCAGAUGGACUGUGGCUCAUUUCCCAGCAGCCUUCUCUUAUUCAAGGCUACCAGCGAGCUAUUCUUACUCCAAACUAUAUGGAGUUCAGUAGACUGUAUGAAGCCAUGCUUAGAGACCCCGUAGACAGUAGUGAUCAUCAUGGAUGUGUGCUAAGACUCAGCCAAGCCAUGGGGAAUUUGACAGUUGUGCAAAAGGGAGAAAGAGAUCUUAUUUCAGAUGGAGAGAAGGUACUUGUGUGCAGUCACGAAGGAAGCAGCCGGAGAUGUGGUGGACAGGGGGACCUCCUUUCUGGUUCUCUUGGAGUCUUGGCACACUGGGCGUUUGUUGCUGGAGCUGAAAAAACAAAUGGUCAAAAUCCCUUUCUAGUGGCUGCAUUUGGAGCUUGCUCUCUCACGAGGCAGUCUAACCACCAAGCCUUUCAGAAAUUCGGACGUUCAAUGACAGCCUCUGACAUGGUUUCAGAAGUUGGAACAGCUUUUAACAAACUUUUUGAAACCUGAAGCCAAAGCAGCAAAGAAGAAAAGAACAAUGACUGCAAGAGUAAUUACAUGUACCGUAGAAUUUACAUAAUGCACCCUUUCAAGUGCUGUAGCAGCAUUGGUAUGUUAGGUAGAUUUUUUUAUUUUUAAGAAUAGAAAAAUAUGAUUAAUGUAGAUAUUUUUUAAGAGUUUGGAAUACAAAAAUGUUUUGGCUGAAAUAAGCUGUAGUUGCAGAUCUGUUAUAAUAUAAUAAAACUAAACUGAAAGUA